CGAUUCUAGAGAGGUAUACGCUAAACCGUCUUUGACAGUACAACAUUUCCAGCCAGACGUACAAGCACAGAAUGACAUGAACGAAUAUGGGUAUUUUCGCCCAACAAGCAAUGAACCUGUGAUGAGAUACAGAUAUUGAGAGAGCGAGAGAGAUUGCGGCUGUAAGAAUUUGGUGACGAUCUGGAUUCUCUCAAGGGCUUUGAUUAAUUUCUGCACAGUUAGUUGCAGUUUGAUGCAUUUGUGGACGUUCCUACAUGUACACGUGUGUGUGUGUUUGUUGGACUGAGACUGAGCUUCAAUCCUGGGGAGUGAGAGAUUUGGUAUCGAUAACUGCUGUUGCGUCGGUUGGUUGAAGAGAAUGCUGGGCAUGGAGGUUGACUCGUCGCCGGAAUACGCGGCUCAAUCGCACCACGAUCUGAUGAUUCAGAGGCUUUUACGGAUGGGGAUUCCCCGGGACAAGUUAAACCAAGGACAGCCUGGUUUGGUAGAGUAUGCAAAGGCCAACAAAUUAAGCAUACGGUACCUGUUCUCAGCAAUCAUGCCUUCAGAUGAGGAGGAGGUGGAUGAAGACGUGUUCCAGGAAAGCAUGGCCUGGUUGCAGUGGUUGAUGUUUGAAGGCGACCCCAAAGAGGCGCUUGAGGACCUAACCAGAAUGAGCUCUGAUGAGCGAGGUGUGUGUGGGGCUGUCUGGGGGAACCACGAUAUUGCGUACCGCUGCCGGACUUGCGAGCAUGACCCCACAUGUGCAAUUUGUGUGCCCUGUUUUGCGAAUGGGGACCACAAGGACCAUGACUACUCGGUUAUAUACACUGGUGGCGGGUGCUGUGAUUGUGGGGAUAUUACUGCAUGGAAACGCGAGGGGUUCUGUUCGAAGCACAAAGGUGCGGAGCAGAUUCAACCGCUUCCCGAGCAUUAUACCGAAUCUUUGGCCCCUGUUCUGGAUUUACUGCUCGGUUAUUGGAAAAGGAAGCUUCUUGCUGCGAAGUUUUCUUCCGAGGGUAGCCUUAGAAUGGUCAGUCAUGGUGCGGAACUCAAAAGGGUUGCAGAGGAGUUGACCUCAACCGUGGUGGAGAUGCUAUUGGACUUCUGUAUACACAGUGAGAGUUUGCUCAGUUUCAUUUCCCAGAGAGUGUAUUCCUCACCGGGUUUGCUGGAUAUCCUUUUGAGGGCAGAGAGAUUCAUUGCGAGCAGUGGUGUUGUUGGGAAGCUUCACGAGCUGCUUCUGAAAAUGUUGAGUGAGCCGGUAUUCAAAUACGAGUUUGCCAAAGCAUUUGUGCUCUAUUACCCGGCGAAUGUGGAUACUGCAGUAAAUGAGGGCAGUGACGCGGCUUUUAAAAGGUACCCGCUGCUGCCGACAUUCUCUGUACAGAUUCUGACUGUCCCUACCCUGACCCCACGCCUCGUGGAGGGAAUGAAUCUGCUGGGCGUGCUUUUUCAGUGCUUGGAAAAUAUUUUCAUUCAUUGUGCUGGAGAAGAUGGCAGGCUGCAGGUUACUAAAUGGGCAAACUUAUAUGAAACUACACUUCGUGUAGUUGAAGAUAUUAGAUUUGUACUGAGCCAUUCCGCAGUACCCAAAUAUUUAUGUCACCAAAGACGAGACCUAGUUCGAUCAUGGAUGGGACUCUUGGCUUUUGUGCAAGGGAUGAACACACUAAAGAGAGAAACAGGGAGUCACAUUGAGGAUGAAAAUGAGAAUAUCCAUUUGCCUUUUGUCCUAUGUCACUCCAUAUUCAACAUUCUCACUCUCCUUGUUUCUGCUGUAUUUUCGGUGGCCACUGGUGAUCUCCCCAGUGAAGAAGCAGUCAUCAGUGCAAAUAAGCUCAAUUCUGAUGACCAAGACAAUAGAAGACAUGCUAAAGUGGGAAGGCUGUCUCAAGAAAGUUCCAUCAGUAGCAUUACUGGAAAGGGUGCGUUAGAUUUUGAGGCCAAGGCGGCUGAUAGCUUUCCUGUGCCGUCAUUAGCUAGGUGGUUUAUUUAUGAGUGCUUGAGAGCUAUUGAUAAUUGGUUGAGACUUGACACUACACUGGGCUUUCUCAGUGCUUUUUGUCAUAAAACAAUUGAUGGUUCGGGUAAUAAUUUCCUGGCUUUGAAGAGGACACUCUCCAAGUUCAGAAAAGCUAGACUAUUUAAAUCACCUGGUUCACCGGAUAGUCAGCCUCCCACCAUUUCGAGCGAAGCUCAUAACAGCACUCCACAUGGUGUAUUGAGUAUUGAUGUUGGGCCCAAGGGCAGCCAAUCUAUAAGUCAAGCGUCUUUGGGUGGUAUUGAUGAUAGACUUCUCGGAGAGAGCACGUCCGAGCUGGAGGGUUUGCGGGCUCUGAAAUUAUCAGAUUGGCCCGAUAUCGCGUAUGAUGUUAGUUCACAAGAAAUGUCCAUGCACAUUCCAUUGCACCGACUUCUCUCAAUGGCUCUGAGAAGGGCACUGAAGGAAUGUUUCGGUGAAUCCGGAUCGUUGUAUGUUGCAAGUGCUUCAUCGGCUGAUUGCCUAUCCCUGAAAUUGGGUGAUUUCCUUGCCCACAUCUUGGAUGGGUGCCAUCCUUAUGGGUUUUCUGCUUUCGUGAUGGAGCAUCCUUUGCAAAUAAGGGUCUUCUGUGCUCAGGUUCAUGCUGGGCUCUGGCGGCGGAAUGGGGAUGCUCCCAUCUUAUUCAGCGAGUGGUAUCGCUCAGUCCGCUGGUCCGAACAAGGUCAAGAGCUUGAUCUCUUCUUGCUUCAGUGUUGUGCCGCGUUAGCUCCACCGGAUCUUUUUGUCCAGAGAAUCCUGGAACGUUUUGGGCUUUCCAGCUAUCUGUCACUCAACGUUGAACAGUCUAGUGAGAAAUGUUUCAUCUAUAGAGCUAUUACUCAUAUCCAGCUACUCAUUUCUGAUUUCCUCAAUGUGAUGAGCAGGACUGCAGUUGGGCUGAAAAUGCUUCGCUGUAUUUUCAUGCAUAUGAGUUCCAUUACUAUGCAUCUUAACCCAAGUCGUGGGUCUGAGCUUUCAAAUGUUACUCCUUUAACAGAUAUUCAUAUGCACGAACCGGUUCUAGUUACUGAAAUGGUUGCUCUUCUAAUACAAAUAGUGAAAGAACGAAGGUUUUGUGGGCUAACAACUGCUGAAUGUUUGCAAAGAGAGCUGGUGUACAAGCUCUCAAUGGGAGAUGCCACUCGUAGUCAGCUUGUCAAAUCCCUUCCUCGUGAUCUUUCAAAAGUUGACGAGCUUCAACAAGUAUUGGAUAGAGUUGCAGCAUAUUCACAUCCAUCUGGCAUGACUCAGGGUAUGUAUAAGCUGCGGUCAUCUUUCUGGAAGGAACUUGAUUUGUAUCAUCCUCGCUGGAACUUAAGGGACCAGCAAGCAGCAGAAGAAAGAUACUUGCGGUUUUGUAAUGUUUCUGCAUUGGCUACUCAACUUCCUAGAUGGACAAAGAUUUAUCACCCUCUUAAGGGAAUAGCUAAAAUCGCUAUUUGUAAAACACUGCUGCAAAUAGUUCGUGCUGUUCUAUUUUAUGCGUCUUUUACUGACAAGUUGGCCACGUCUCGGGCUCCAGAUGGUGUUCUUUGUACCGCUCUGCAUUUGUUGGCACUGGCACUUGAUGUGUGUCGAUUAUCCAAGGAAUCGGGUGAUCCAUUAUGCUAUGCAGAUGAUGUGAUUCCAAUAUUGGCAUUUGCUAGCGAAGAUAUAAGCACGAUCAAAUAUGGUGAACAGAGCUUGUUGUCACUUCUUGUCUUGUUGAUGAGGAUGCAUGAGAAAGAAGCUACCCGAAAUAUGACCGAAGAUGGUAGUUUUGAUCUAUCAUCCUUGAUUUCUAGUUUGAUUAAGUCCUUGGUGGAGCUUGAACCGGGUUGCAUGAACAAAUUGCAGAAACUGGCACCUCAGUUAGCCAAUCAAUUUUCAUAUUCUGUUAUAAGUGAUAAUGCUAAGGGCAUGGAUUUGACUUCGGACAGCGAAAAACGCAAACAGAAGUCUCGGGAAAGACAAGCAGCAAUAAUGGAAAUGAUGCGAUCCCAGCAGUCCAAAUUUUUGGAGAGCUUUAAUUCAAGCCAAGAUGACGAGAUGGAGGAUGCUAAAUCUGAGGAAGAAGAAUGUGAUUUUGAUGUCAGUAAUGAUGCCCAGGAGUCAGCUCAAGUCAUAUGUUCCUUGUGCCAUGAUCCGAAGUCUAGAAGUCCUGUUUCAUUUUUAGUACUUCUCCAGAAAUCCAGGCUUUUGAGUUUUGUCAACCAAGGGCCACCUUCAUGGGAGCAAGUUAGGCGAUCUGGUAAAGAGCAUGUUUCUAGUGACACAAGCCUACAUGGUGAUUUAUCUCCAACCAGUACAUCAAAUGGCUCAGAAACACUCUCAUCUUCUCAGUUGCAAGAUGUGGUUCAGAGUGCUCUAAAUGAUUUUGCUUCUACGGGGCAGACUCAUGAAUUGUAUGCUAUCAUGGAAUUUAUUAAGGCUAGAUUCCCUUCUGUUAAUACUAUCCAACUCCCUUGCACGUCAAAAGGUACAGAUGACAAACCAGAACUCACUUUGGAGGCAUUUGAGGAAAGAAUGUAUUUGUUGAUCAGGGAAUGUCAAUCCAGCUGUUCUUUAAGACAUGAGGAAAAAUGCUCGACUUCUGGGAGCAGCAAGGAAAGCAUAAAUUGUGAUGAAUCUCUUUUGCUUGGUAAAUACAUUGCCUCCUUGCCUGAGCCAGUGGAUAGCCCCUCGGCUUCACAAAAUGGCCGCUCAAGAAGGAAAUCAGAAUCCAGCAAGAUCUCUUCAGGAUCUGAUGACUUUGGCCCCUCUGGUGCUGAUGGGAUUUAUGUUUCUUCCUGUGGACAUGCAGUGCAUCAAGGAUGUUUGGAUCGUUAUUUAUCAUCACUAAGGGAAAGAUAUAUCAGAAGAAUUGUUUUUGAAGGAGGACACAUUGUGGACCCAGAUCAGGGUGAGUUCCUUUGUCCAGUGUGUCGGGGACUUGCAAAUUCCGUCCUUCCAGCUUUGCCUGGCGACAGGAAAAGGGUGUCUCAGCCACAGCCUGGUCAAAACAUUAAUUUUUCACAAGCUUGCGGCCCUUCGACCUCAUCAAAGAGAGACUUUAUCCUUCAUAUCAGAGAUGGUUUUUCUAUUAUACAGAGCGUUGCAAAUAUUGCUGGGAGUACCAAGAGUCUGAAAGUUUUACCUGCUCGGAAUGUGAGAUUGAAGCCAAAUCUAGCACCCAUUGUUCGUUUAUUAUGUGAGAUGUAUUAUCCAGGCCAGGAUAAAAUUUUAGAAUCCGGCAGGCUGAGCCAUUCGUUGAUCCUAUGGGACACGCUGAAGUAUUCCCUCAUCUCUGCUGAAAUCUCAGCCCGGUCGAAAAGGAGCUCAUUGAGUCCAAAUUACAGUAUCGGUGAUUUAUACAAGGAGCUUAAGAAUUCUAGCUGUUUUAUCUUAUCCUUGCUUUUAGAUGCUGUUCAAAGCACGCGGACAUCAAAUUCCCAGACUCUGUUGUUAAGAUUACAUGGCCUUCAGCUCUUUACCAAUUCCUUAUGCCGUGGUUCUUACCCAGAUGAAUUAGUCAAUUGCCCAAAAGGAGUUAUAAGCAAUUGUAGACCUUCGACUAUUAUGAUGUCAUACUCUUCCAUUCCUUUUAACCCAUCAAGAUUUCCAGGUAAUAUGCGCUACAUACUGGAAAAUGCCGAACUGGAUGUGCAGUAUCCAGAUGUUCAAUUCUGGAGACAAGCAUCCAAACCUAUUCUCGCUUGUGAUGCAUUUUCGUCAUUCAUGUGGAUACUCUUCUGUCUUCCAUCCCCAUUACUAUCCUGCAAGCAAUCCUAUUUAUCUCUAGUGCACGUCUUUUACCUUGUUGCAGUGAUUCAGGCUAUAAUUGCAUUUUGCAAAGAAAGACAAAGCAUUGAAACUGAGCUGGGACCAUGUAAUAAUUUAAUAACAGAUAUAUGCCAUUUGAUGGGUGAAUGUCGAGAGGCAGUGCAGUAUUUCGAGGCCCACUCGAUUCAUCCUGCUUAUGACUUAAAAAAUGCAGUUCGCAGCUUAACUUUCCCUUACUUGAGGAGAUGUGCCUUGCUCUGGAAGCUAAUCAACAGCUCUAACAUGGUGCCUUUUAGUGAUGGCGGGUUCGACUCCCAGGGUGGAUCAUCACUCUAUGCAGGUAAUGACUGCGAGUAUUCACCUGACUCUGCAGACGAGCUUCUGGAGAUUGAAAAGCUGGAGGGUAUCUUUGGAAUUCCUCCCCUUGACCUUGUUGUUGGUGAUGAGGAAUCACGGAAGGCGGCAUUGGGUUGGCUGGGCCAUUUCCGUGAAGUGCUUGAAGCUUGUAAAUCUCGACGUGUUUUGAGAUUUAGUCCUGCAAGCCCGUUGAAGCUGAUGAUUUUGCCGAAUCUGUACCAGGAUUUGUUGCAGAGGUAUAUUAAAAAAUCUUGCCCCGACUGCGGGGUCGUGAAGGAAGAGCCUGUGGUGUGUUUGUUGUGCAGUAAACUGUGCUCACCAAACUGGAAAACGUGUUGCAGGGGGAGCGGUUGUCAGACUCACGCGAUGGUUUGUGGUGCCGGCAUUGGGGUAUUUUUGUUGGUCAGGAGAACGACAAUCCUGCUUCAGAGAUCUGCACGUCAGGCACCUUGGCCAUCGCCGUAUUUGGAUGCAUUUGGUGAAGAGGAUGUUGAGAUGCAUAGGGGAAAACCAUUGUUUUUGAAUGAAGAACGAUAUGCAGCUCUAACUCAUAUGGUGGCUUCUCAUGGGCUCGAUAGAAGUUCAAAAGUGCUUGGCCAAACCACAAUUGGUUCACUUUUCCUGUUUUAGACUGUCCGGCAUGUAAUAUAGAACUUACAUUCCUCCAUCGAGGCUAUUUAAUGUUCGACUCGUGUCUCAAAGAUGCUACAAGGUUUCAACUUUCGACAAAGGAUCAGAAUACCAAUGGCAGUCUAUGUUUUUUGAAUGUACAGACUUCAUAAAGGAAGCUUCUUGGUGAAAUGACAAUCAUCUCCUCUUUCAUCACUGAGUUUAUAAAUCUUCAUCAUGUGUAAAGUACUGUAAUAUAGAAUGCAAGUUUCAGCUUGGUCCUUGAGAGAUUCAUUUUGUCUUGUAAAUCCUACUGAGGUUCGAAUACAUAUACUCGUACUUUCAAGAUGAAACAUCACUUUCUACAAAACAUCAAUAGCAUUAUGAAAUUUCGUUAUAUAAAUUUGAAAUUUUGUUAAAGA